AUGAAGAUUUGUUUUAUUAAAAUUUUCCUAAAAAUUCUGACCCUUUUCUUAUUAACAUUGCAGUCUUUUGUCAAAGCAUUAAGUUUCUUAAAGUAUACACCCAGGUGGAAUUACGGCUGGGUUGCUCCUAGAUUUUUUAACCGCAGCUACGUGGUUGAUAUAAUCAGUUACCUCAAUAAGGACGCUGAUAUGACCGUUAAGAAGUCCACUAAAACUGAAACCUCAAGUAAAAAUAAAACCCAUGGAGUGAAAACACAAAAGCUCCAAAAGGACUUUGAAAAUUUAACAGCUAAAGAUCAUGUGGAUAAUAUCCUGAACUCGAAAAGUGACCUAAAAAAUAUAUUUAAACAUAAAAGAACACUUAAAAUAUCAUACGAUGAUGAUUUAGAGGAGAAAAAAUUAGCUAAAACUAAACGAGAUAGUAAAGCUGAUAUUUUGAAUGUAGAAGAAAUAAUAAAGAGUGCAAAAUCAGAAAUUUCUGAUAAAGCAGAACAUGAGAAGGUUGAACCUGAUCAAUUGGAUACUAAAAAGGAAGAUAAGAAAGUCAAUGACUUUCCCAUAGUAGAAGAAGGAGUGUGUUCAAUACCCAACUUUACAAAGGUCUGGAACGGUAUCGCAACAAAAAGAAAUAAGGAAAUAGCUCCAGUUGAUUUGUAUGGGUGCCACUGUGUGGCAGACCCUGGAGAAAACUUUGAAUUCCAGACCUUGGUGGGUUGUAUGUUGAGUAGCCAGACGAAAGACGAGAUAACAGCCGCGACUAUGAAAAAUCUAAAGAAAAGAGGUUUGACACUGGAUAACAUAAUAAAAAUGGAUGAAGAAGAACUGGAUUCAAUAAUAAGCAAAGUGGGAUUUCAUAAAACAAAAGCUAAAAAUAUUAAAAAGGUAGCGCAGAUAUUAAAGGAACAAUACGGAGGGAAAGUGCCAUCGAAUAAAAAAGAACUGGAAUCACUGCCAGGAAUAGGACCGAAGAUGGCAAACUUAAUACUGCAAGUUGCAUAUAACAUGGUGGAUGGAGUUGCGGUGGAUAUACAUGUACACAGAAUCACAAAUAGGCUUGGAUGGGUAAAAACAAAAACACCAGAAGAAACAAGCCUAAAACUACAAGAAUUGUUACCCAAGUACUUAAUUACCUAA